UCAAGCAGGAGGAGGGAAAGAGAGAAGGAGGUCUGUUUGAGGUGCUGUUUUAUUAGCUGCAGUAACACCAAGUCACCAUUUUUUUUAAACUUCACUCGAUUCCUUCUGAGGUCUUCAGAAGUUUUCCUGAACCUACAUAGCCAUAAAGUGUCGGGAUCUGUGGAAAUCAAACAAGAAUUACAAAUUCCACAGACAGAAGAACAUCUAACCCUCGUGGUCUGAAGAUGGCGCUGUGCAGUGCUCUGUGGUUCUCGUUUCUGCUAUUGCAACACUUUGGGCUUCAUCUCAGUGCUGGCUCUGAGACUGUCAGCUGUCCUGCACUGGCUGGAGUCCCGGGUUCUCCUGGACACAACGGCCUUCCUGGAAGAGAUGGCAGAGACGGACUUCCUGGACCUAAAGGAGACAAGGGGGAUAGUGUGCAGGGACUUCCGGGUAUUACAGGACCAGCAGGACCAGGAGGACCAUCAGGACUACCAGGAUUUGUAGGACCAGCAGGACCACGAGGAAUACCAGGAUUACCAGGAGAGCCAGGUAUCACAGCUAAAGUGGCAUUCUCAGCCACGUUGUCUCCCCUUACAAGUGCUUUUAGAAAUAUCGGACCAUACCCGGAUCGUCGGACUUUAGUGUACGGAAAUGUACUGACGAACAUCGGCAGUGCAUACGACCCAGAAACAGGUAUCUUCACAGCACCUGUAAGAGGAGUGUACUUUUUCAUUUUCUUCCUCUUCAACCCAAACGAGCUCGCAACUGGCCUGUCUCUGGUGAAGAACGGAGAAGCGGUCGUUUUAGCCUCCGAUAACCCGCCUGGUGCCGACACCGAGGACACAGCUGGUAACGCGGUCUCACUGCUGCUUGAGAAAGGAGACCGGAUCUACCUGCAGCUCUUGGAGAACCGGAAAGUUUACACAGACUUAAAUAGACGCAACACAUUCAGCGGCCAUCUCCUCUUUACUAUAUAAACCUCAUCGUGAUGGAGAUCUGUUUCCUCUGGUCAAUAUAUUAGAAAGAAAGAGAGUGAGAUGAGCUGCAUUCACAUUUUCAAAUCUGUAAAAAACGCCCCAUUUGUCAUUCAUUUUAAUGAGAGUGAGUGAGAUGAAACGCCAGCUUGAUGUUUAAUAUUCACCAAAUAGUGACUGAUGCUAGUUAGUACCUUUGCCCUGAACCACAAGUUCAAAAUAGUGGAAACGUGAAAGUGCCGUAUCUUUAUUUUGACUUCAUUUCUCAUUAUUGCAACAUAAUCAUGUCAGUAUUGUAACUUUUCGACUCAUUAUUUGGCCUUGACUCAUUCUUCCACCUCUUAUGUAGUUAUUUUGAAAUAUUAUAUCCUUAUUUCAACUUGAUAACUCACUAUUUCAACAUGGCAUGUCAUUAUUUUAACUUUUUAUCUCAUUAUAUUUACUUACAAACAUGUUUCAAGAUAUUAUUUCAUUUUGCUGUCUCAUUAUUUUGACAUAUUUAAUGCCCUGCAAUCUAUCGGUAAAGGUUGAUUUAUUGAGUGUGAGCUCUGACCAUGUGAAAGUACGUCAGUGGAGGGGUCAGGAGUCAAAACCUUGAUCCCACCUGAACACUUUAAAGUGUAUUAUUGUGAGACAUCUAACUGAAUUUAAUGUAAACAGAACCACAUGGGAUAUUGCAGUCAAAUAAAUCACUUUCACAAUUGUU